AUGAGGAGACAAGAAGGGUUCAUGCAUAACGUCACAAAUCAAGCCCCUGCGUCUAUAUCUCCUUGGCAACUUCCAUUUGGCACUAAGCUGUAAAAUUUAGUCAGAGACUCAAUGUUGCGAGCAGGCACCGCUCCCCCUCAAGAAGAUUACAAUUUGAGCCGAAAAUCUAAACAAACCACCGAUACAACGACUAAACUUUUUGCCUUUCCUACAAGACCUCAAAGUAUUAGAAACCCCGUAAAACUUUACCCGAACCCAUUUAAAACAAGCACAAAAUCUAGAAAAAACGAAAAAUCGCCUCACAUGUCACCUGAAAGGACUGGAAGAUAUGAAAAAGACAUAAGACAAAGCAAGCUAAGGCUUGGAGAAUUAGAAGAUGAUUCUGAAGGAAGCCACAGUGAUAUCGAAAUAUCAAGACCUCCGAGCAGACAAAAUGAUAAAGCUUUUGAUCUUGAAGAUAGGUUUUUUACUGUAAAUUUUAAAUAGAGGCUCAAUGGAUUUAUGCACAAUCCAAAAGAACAACCUGAAAUUAGGCCGACUAGAAAUACAAUAAGCAACCCCAGGCCUCCAUCCAGGCAUAAAACCCCUCCUAAAGCAACGGGCCUUGAGCUUCCACCUCAUCCUGACGGAGAUUUUAUAAGUAUUCAAAAUAUGUACGAUUUUCACUUGUCUUCAGAUUCUGAAGAAAAUGAGCCUUAUGCUAACACCCAAACAAUUUUUACUGAAAAAAGUAAGGGAUCUCUCAAAGAAUCUUGAAAAAAAUUGGAAAAUAAAUGUGAGACUAAGCAAAAAAUGAAAUCAAUUAAAGAAGAUAGCGAUUUGUCAAUUAAAAUCCCAAGUAAAGCAGAAACAUCAUUGAAAAAGAAUAAUGUUGAAAUACCGAUUAUACUUAAUAAAAGAAUUAAAAAAUGAGCCCCAAUUUCACCUGGAAGAAGGGCGAAAUCGAAGGAUUUUGAAACUGAGGAUAAAUUAGAGGAGAGAAAAUCGGAAAUUAAAAUCGAAAAAAAAUCAAAAAGAAAAGGAAAUAAAUUGAAAGAAAAACCAGGAAGGGCUGUAAGCAGCGCUUCAAAACCGAAACCUAGAGAAUCACUGACGUUUUUAAGCUCGCUCGGGUCAGAGUUUUUAGAUUUGUUUGCAAGAGAUAAUGAUUUUAUGUAA